CCAGCUUGCCAGGCUAUCGACCUGCAUCGACUCGGACCAGCAUCUCAAGAUUCCCUUCAAUUUGAGGCGCAUUGACUAUCGACGAUACAAUGCAGCUGCAUAUCACAUAGAUAAAUUCAUUGUCGACAUCGACGCCUUUGCUUGUAGGCUCGUUCUGGUGCCUUCUGGGAGUCGGAAAAGUGAUAUUUGGUUCAAUACCCGAGAUAGCUUAAUAUAUACGGACGCCUUCUUCAACCUCUUCACCUCCAUUCCCGACUUUUCUAGGGUCACCAUGCCUCCCAAAAACAGCCAGUCAAGCAGCUCUGCUCUUUGCAAAAAUUUCCAGAACGCUCCCACUAACCCUACCCAUAUCUUAUCUGCCGAUAUACCUCCUCACUUGGUCGACUUUUAUCAAGUACCUGUCGAGAACGAUAUCAUAGCCGGCGUGGAGUGGAUCUAUUGCCUAUGGACACUUUUACAUCGCACAGCUCCUCCUUCGUAUCGUGCCUUCAAAGAGCUCGAUUCAACAGCUAGAGAGCUACACACUCUUCUCACACAAUUCCGUUCCUGGGAUAGGUGUACCACCUUCAAGCUUAUCAUUAGGUCGCAUGUUCGAACCAAAGCACUCCACACUAUCUACGACAUUCUCGAAUGUCAAGGUUACCUCGAGAGCACCUGCCCUGGGCUCAUCGACGAUAUUCUCCAGGAAAUCAUGGCCUGCGGCUCGGACAGUGUAGCUUUCAGUGCUGAUCUUCGUCGUCGAUACAAGAUAGCUGCGCCAAUGUUGGAGAACAAGAUGUGGGCAUUGCAAAAAGUGGUCAUUAAACAGCAUAAAGAUUUCAACCUUAAGAAUCACGUUAGAUUCCUCAAUUACCUCUACCUGUGUGCAUUGACAAUAGCUCUUCUGUGCGCGCUUUUGGCGUUUGCUUCGAGGUUCCUUGAUAUAGAUCACGAUUCUCUGUUUGUUUGCCUUUUGUUUCUAUUUCUGUCAUUUGGUUCUAUACUGGCGAUAAGGACAGCGCGAAUUCUUAUGCGUGCAGAGCUGUCUCUUAGGCAGACGCUCUGAACACCGACGCAUUCAAGCUCAUUUGAGCUGUGAGGAGCAUGGUAGGGCUGCUGACCCACAUUGCAGACUCCAAAGAUUCACCGCUUUUGCAUGUAUCACAUGCAAAACGAUUCCUAGAGGCGUUCCAAACUUCGUUUUUGGGAGGACGUUCAGUUUAUCAGGUCUUCGCGGUAGAAUUUAGCUGGAAUGACUGUGAACAUGGUGACACUGGAGAUAUACAACCCACCAAUAUGCCCUGUCAACUCGU